AUGCGGGUCAGGGGCUACGAGUCAAGUCGACCCAUGCCGUGGGAACGGCAUCGUCGGACCAAGCAGACGGAAAAAGAGGAGGACAAAAUGGUUGCCCAGAAGUUUGGUGCCGCAUGGGCGGCUUUUAUGUCGUCAACUGUUGCCGCCUCGUCGAUGCCGAGACACACCAUCACUGAGCGCGCGGCAGAUCCCGUCGUGCACCUCGACAACGGGCUCUCGGUGCAGGGCCGCCUCGCUCCCGCAGCAUCCACCGUCACGGAGUUCCUCGGUAUCCCGUACGCGCAGCCACCCGUCGACGAUUUGCGAUGGGCACCUCCCCAGGAAUACGAGGUCGCUUCCAACAGCUCCGUCGUCAACGCCACGGCGCUGCCACCUUCCUGCUGGCAGUACAUCUCAGUUCACCCAGGUAUCCUCCGGACCGAUGCACCAGAGUAUAUGAUAGGCAGUGCCGGAAUGGCCGAGGACUGUUUGACGAUGAGCGUCUGGGCACCAGCAAAGGCUUUGGAAGCCGAGGAGGCGUUGCCAGUCCUGAUUUGGUUUUAUGGCGGAGGAUUUGCUACUGGCGGUAUUGACGUCCCAUACCAAAUCCCUGUGGAUUGGAUUGAGAGAUCGCAGUCUCACAUUGUGGUCUCGUUCAACUAUCGUUUGAACAUCUUUGGGUUCCCAACCGCCGCUGCUCUUGAGGAACAAAACUUUGGUCUGAUGGACCAGAGAUUCGCAGUCGAGUGGAUACAAGAGAACAUCGCCAAGUUCGGUGGCGAUCCAGAACGCAUGGUUAUCUGGGGCCAGUCCGCUGGAUCAACAGCUGUGGACAUGUACAACUUCGCUUACGCCGAGGAGCCUAUCGUCAAAGGCUUGAUCAUGGACUCUGGCACAGCUCAUCUUGACAUUCUCAUCAACCGAGAAACGACGGAAUUCUCCAGCUUCAGCCUUGUGGCGGCCCAUUUUGGCUGUGGUAACCAGACCACCUCUGAGGCGGAACUUGAGUGCAUGCGCAAGGUCCCUGCUGCGGAGCUCGAGAACUUCGUCGCCACUUACGAGGACUCGGGAGCCUCUCCCUCCAUCAACUUCAUCCCGGUGGUGGACGACAAGCUUGUGUUCAACAACUACACAGAGAAAGCUGCGGGUGGAGAAAUGUCUGACCUGCCUGCUAUCAUUGGUUUCAACGAGAACGAAGGCCUGUUCUUGACCACAUACAACGCUACCAACCCAGAUCUGGAAACUGCCCUAGAGUACUCAUACAACUACUUCUGGUGCCCAGCAACUUUGACCACGUAUGAGCGCCUCGAGAACAGCCGCGUUACUCAUCGGUACUACUACACCGGCAACUUCACCAACACCAGCCCGCAGCCCUGGAUGGGUGCAUAUCACGAAUCGGAGCUCCCCAUGCUUUUCGGGACGCACAUGAACUUCCGCGGCAACUCCACCCCUUUCGAGUACGCCGUCAGCCACACCCUGCAGGAUGCGUACCUUGCCUUUGUCGCAGAUCCCGUUGAUGGCCUGAACUCGAUCGGCUGGCCUGCGUACGAGGGUCCCGGGGGCACUGUGAUGCAGUGGGCGGACAUGUCCAAUCUGACAUUGGCUCACCUGACGACCGUGACGGAUAUCGAGCAAGGGUGCGAGAGCAAGGGUCUGCUUACCUCGCUUGCUCAAGGAUCCUGA